AUGGAACGUGGGGCAAAUCCCCGACAGAGGCGACAAGCCUAUGUCGAGGACUCUGAAGGAGAAGAAGAAUUCCUGGAUCGGCCUGUUCGUGGAGGCCACCGGAACCGGGGAUAUCGACGAGACCUCGAGCAAUAUCAACUUAAGGUUGACCUUCCGACCUUUAAUGACAAUUUGAAUAUUGAAGACUUUUUGGAUUGGCUUUGGGAAGUUGAGAAAUUCUUCGAUGCCAUGGAGAUUGAAGAGGAUCGCCAAGUAAAAUUGGUGGCAUACAAAUUGAAGGGUGGUGCCUCAGCGUGGUGGGAGCAAGCGCAACUGACUCGACGUCAACAAGGAAAAGCUCCCAUCCGAACAUGGAAUCGGAUGAAGGAAAUGUUGAAGGUUCGGUUCCUUCCAACCGAUUAUGAGCAAUUAUUAUUUCAACAAUUUCAGAAUUGUAAACAGCUAAGCCGAUCGGUCCAAGCUUACACGGAGGAGUUUCUCCGACUUUCCACCCGUAACAACCUCGCUAAGUCGGAGGCACAACAGACCGCCAGGUACAUUAAUGGUUUGCAACUUAAUAUUCAAGAUCGUGUUUCACUACAUCGUUUGUUCUCCGUUGAGGAUGCUCAAGAGAUGGCCCGAAAGGUUGAGAUGCAAUUAGAGAGAACUAGCCCCAUUAAUCGGGCUAACAAUUAUUCCGCUCGAGGAUUAUCUGGAAAGGGGAGACAACUAGAUGUUUCAGAAUCCUCCAACCAGCAAACCAACACUAUAAACCAAACUCCGGGAAGUAGUACUGGGGUGCGCAAGGAACCAGUCAUCGCAAACAACCAUAACGCCAAUCAGAAUGCCCAAAACCCGUACGCUAAGCCACCACCAAUCAAAUGCUACAAGUGUAACGAAUUGGGACAUCGUUCGAGUGAUUGUCCACGGCGGAAGAUGGCCAAUGUUGUCAUGCACGACGAUGACAUAUACGAAGAUGACUGGAUUGAAGAGGAAGAAGUGGAGGAUGAGGAGGGCGAGCAUGUCAAUUGCGUUGUUAGGAGACUAUUGCUCGCUCCACGAAGAGAAGACACGCAGCGGAAUAGUCUUUUUCGUGCCCGUUGUACUGUCAACGGCAAAGUUUGCGAUGUCAUCAUUGAUAGCGGAAGUUGUGAGAACAUAGUGUCCAAGGCUUUGGUGGAUCAUCUACAACUAAAGACGGAGUUACAUCCCUCCCCUUAUACAAUCGGGUGGAUUUGUAAAGGGGCCAAACUCAAAGUGACGCAGCUAUGUCAUUUACCUAUUUCAAUUGGAAAGUCCUAUAAGGACACUAUAAUUUGUGAUGUAGUGGAGAUGGAUGCAUGCCAUGUCCUACUUUGGGCGACCAUGGCAAUACGAUGUUGA